GAAAAAUAUUUCUGCGUUUUGUAAAUGCCAACAAAUUUUUUCUUGUGGUUCUCAAGCAGACAAUUGGAAGAGGCAUAUAACAAAGCAGAAUAUUACUCGUAGGAGCAAUGAGUUCAUGAAUGAUUAUUAAUGAAAAAAGACGUGAACAAUGAAAGUGCAACGCUAACGCUUAAACGAAAAUCCAAAAGGUUUAAUUAAAAAAUAGAAGGGAGUAAGAGGAAAGAAAGUUAACGAGCCGUAAGCAUCAUUAGCAGGCGAGAUUAAGUGAGGCCAACGAACGAGAACUUUGUAAGGACUAGGAGGCGACAAAAUAAAAGAACCGCACGAAAGAAUACGCAGAAAAAAAACACAAGAACAACGAACCAUAUUUAAAACAAAAACAAGAAAAAAACACAAGGACAAUAGCGCUAUUGUUACGUUAGAAAUUCGAGUUUGCAUACCAAAAAUUGCAACUGUCUACAACAGAUAGUGGGGAUCCAAAUAAAAGUUACAUAGGCAUGGCUCAGUAUGGUGGCACGCCCAAUCCAUUUGCUGGUGGUGGCGGAGGCGGUGGCUAUGAACAGCAAUCCAGCUACGGCGGCGGCGGUGGUUAUGGCCAACAGAUGGGCGGUUACGAUCAAACAGGUGGAGGUUAUGACCAAAGCGGUGGCGGUUAUGACCAAAGUGGUGGCUAUGGUGGCCAAGCCAUGCCGAAUGCUGGUUUAGGUGCAGUACCACAGCAACCAUAUGGCAUGGCAGCACGUCCGCGUGUUGAUGUGGAAGCCACUGGUGAAGUGGAUCCAACGCUCUAUCCCGAGGCCAAGGAAUCAACGCACAAAAUACGCGGUCAUGCCGAUAUUAUCGAAAUGCUUUUCGGUCCCACUGAACACGAACUCAUACCGGUGAAGGCUUUCUAUUUCUUCUUCUUCGCAGCUUUUGGUUCGCUCUUCCCGCUGAUGGGCGUAUACUUUAAACAGAUGGGCAUGAAUCCGGGCCAAUGUGGCAUAUUGAUUGGUAUGCGUCCAUUUGUGGAGUUCUUAUCGGCGCCCUUCUGGGGCUCGUACGCUGAUCGUUGUCGUCAGGGCAAGAAAUUGCUUUUGGCCUCACUCGCUUGCUGGGUGCUGUUUACAAUUCCCUUGAGUUUCAUUAAACCAGAAGCUGUAAAUUGCAUCGAACGUAAGAAUGAAACCGAUUUCGUUUUGACUUUAACGCGCACCAAACGUGACCUCUCCGCUUAUGAUAUGGCCGAUAUGAAUAAAGAAAGCACUGAGAGUUUCGAUACGCCCGCAGCUUUACGUGGUGCUGCCGCGAUGCCCGCUAUUAAAAUGGAGGAGGACUCGCAUAUUAGACGCAAGCGUUCUUUGAUACCCCGCAUCGACGCCGGCAUCUCACCCAUCCACAUCAAUUUUGUUAGUAACUACGAUCACAAACAACAUCAGGACUAUGUCAGCCCGAUCUUCUCCUCCAUGGUCUACCGUACACCGGACAUCCAAAAAGCCUUCUUUCUGCUUUUGCUUGUCAUUUUGAUAGGCGAGUUCUUUAGCGCUCCCGCCAUUACACUUGCCGAUUCAGCGGUCAUAACUUUGCUUGGCGACGACGCGGAUAAAUAUGGCCAUCAGCGCAUGUUCGGCUCACUCGGCUGGGGUAUUUCCAUGUUUGUUGUCGGUAUAGUGCUCGAUCAUUCUACACGCUUCUCGCAUCACCCUUGUGGUGCUGGACAUAUGGAAAAAAAUUAUAAUAUCUGCUUUGCCAUCUUCUCGGUGCUGAUGUCUUGUGCCAUCGCUUCGGCGGCAAAGAUUACAUUCAAAUAUGAUCCAAUCGAUAUGGAGCAACAGCCCGCUGAGAAUCCAGAUAUUGCGGCCAAUAAACAAGCAGAAGAUGAGUCUAUGGCCGAGCUGGCCGCGCAGCUGAAUCUGCCUUCGUUGGCGGUUGGUAGUGGUUCGGCAGUGGUGGGUAAGGCACCACAGGCUGCUGUCGGUGCACAGUCGAAAAUAUUUGCUCAAACCACUAAGGAAAUGCCCGAGUGGCUGACUGUGUUGACACAUUUUAAGGAUAUUAAAACCAUUUCCUUCCUAUUCGUGGCCUGGUUCAUGGGCUUUGGCAUUGGCUUGAUUUUCACCUUCCUUUUCUGGCAUCUGCAAGAUUACGGUGGCACACCAACGCUCUUCGGAGUUGCUUCGGUGAUUAAUCACGUAUCCGAGAUUUUUGCUUACUUCUACAGCUUCCGUUUCAUCACGCAAAUCGGUCACAUUAAAGUGUUGUGCCUGGGAUUGAUGGGCAAUGUGCUACGCUUCUUAUAUAUUUCAUAUACGACCAACCCAUGGAUGGUACUGCCAUUCGAACUGAUGCAGGGCAUCACGCAUGCCGCCGUAUGGGCCGCCUCCUGUUCAUAUAUUGCGCACAAUACACCCAAACAUCUCAGAGCCUCAGCACAGGGCGUCUUACAGGGCAUACACCACGGACUGGGACGCGGUUGUGGUGCGAUCAUUGGCGGUAUGUUUGUCACAUACUACGGUACUACGAAAACAUUCCGCGGCUAUGGCUUGGUUUGCCUCGUGGUCUUAGGUAUUUUCAUCUUUGUGAACUUCUAUCGCAAAGAUCAGGGCUUCAUCUCGGAACUGCCACCAACGGAGGAUCCACGUCAGGUGGCGGAGGAGACCUCACAUCUGGCGCCACAUGGUGUGCCCAGUAAUCCGAUACCGCGCGCGCUUUCCAAUGCGCGUCUGAACGAGAUGAAUCCAAAUGGUGGCACUGGCAACAGCUACGGCACCUAUCAGACCUCGGGCGGUAAUCUUGAUAUACCUGGUGCCCAGCCACACAAUCCAUUCGCGCAAUAAAUUUAACGAGGAAAUCAAUGAAAUAAGCACCACGGUUGGAGUGUGGACAUAUUUGGGAAAUUAGUGAAGGGUUUGUGAGGUAAAAAGUUUUUGAUGAUUUUGCAUUUACGUAUGCAUGUAAUUAUGUUAGAACAGUUUUGAUGAAAUCUAUUUGUAUAGUUUAAAUAUGUAUAUUGAUAGGAAAAUAUUGUUACUAAAUCUAAACGUGUUAUUAAUAAGAAAACGGAGUUAUAGUAGAGCGCGAGAGUUAGGGAGGAUGCGAAAUGCACGCUGCUGUCCCAUUUGGAAUUAGUUAAGCUCUCAGGAGCACGUCCAAGCGCUGAAAGUUUAUACCAAAGACUUUGGCACCAGGGCGCCGAUUAAGCAUCAAAUACCGGUUAUUGUCUUAGCUCUGAGAGAGGUACUAAAAAAUAGCCAGGGACAUUGAAUUUCUCCCAGUCAUUGGGGAUCAUUACCCGUAUUUCACGGCUGCGAGUCGAUCUUUUAUUUUCAGUUGGGCAGUAUGUAAGACUUACAACUGGGCAUUAGCGAAUGCUGGAAAAUGGAUGGAAAAGUUGGAAGAGGGAUACACUCCUAUGAAGUUUUUCAAGCCAUACAUUUGAGUUUCGCCAUCUUUUUCUUCUUCUUGAUCGGCGCAAUAACCAUUUACUCGAUUUUGGCCGACUUUAACAAAGCGCGCCAGUCAUUCCUUUUUCCAACGAAGCUGCUAGAUUUUUAUUCGCUGCGCUAAGUCUUUGUCGUUGUAAAACUCAUACAGCUCAUUGUUCCAUUGCCUGCGAUACUCGCCGUCGCCAAUGUGCCAAGGCCCAAAAAUCAUCCGUAGAAUCUUUCUCUCAAACACUCCAAGUGACGUCUCAUCGGAUGUUGUCAUCGUCCAGACAUAUGCAACAUACGGGUAUUAUGAGGGUCUUAUAAAGUGUUAGUUUUGUUCAUCGAGAGAGAACUUUUUCGAUUAUUUACGUUUAUUUGAGGGAGAGAUAAAUAACUUCAGAGAAGUGCAUAACCAUUCCAAGGCUUCAAAUCAUUGAUAAUGCGAUCUUAAGUGGUUUUAAAAUAUGUGAAAUAAUCUAUGAACGAAUCGAAAUGAAUUGUGAUCAAAAUUACAAAGGUACCAGGACAGCGUUACCAUAAAUAUUAUCAGUAGCAUUAUCACGACCAUGACCACGAGCAAUACCAUUACCAUUCCAAUACCUUUACCAUUACAAUUGCCCUUACCAUUAGGAUCGCUUAUACCAUUUCAAGUACUUUUAUCUUCAUCAUGACCAUGACCUAUAUACAUAUAACCAUUGCCAGUAUCGUU